AUGGAUACACACGUGUCCCUUUUCGUCUGCCUGUGUCUUCUGGCUGCUCAAAGUAUCCCAGCAGAAACAACAUCAGAGCUACUGACCUUGAUGAAGCACCUGGAGCGGCCCAGAGGCCGGACCAUGCCUUCCAGAGUGAAGCAUAUCCAUCGGCUGGAGCAGAUGCUGCUCAACACCAGCUUCUGCGGGCACAACCUGACGCUGCAGACAGACGCCAUCCAGUCUCUGGUCUUCGAGCUGGGUUGCAGCUUUCCUGGCCUCUCCCUGUCCAGUGCCACCCUGCCAAAUGUCCCCCAGGCCUGGGCCCCACAUGGCAUGCAAUUUCCUGCUGAGCUGACCAAGGAAGCCUGUGUGGCCUCCCAGCCUGCCAGGCUCCGACUCAUCUGCGUCUACUUCUUCACGGCACAGCUCUUCCAGGAUGACAGUAACUCAUCCCUGCUCAAUAACUAUGUCCUGGGGGCCAAGCUGGAUAACAGGACUGUGAACAACCUUCAGAAUCCCGUCAACAUCAGCUUCUGGCACAACCGAAGUCUGGAAGGGUACACUGUGACCUGUGUUUUCUGGAAGGAGGGAGCUAGCCAGCACAGCUGGGGGGCCUGGAGCCCUGAGGGCUGCUAUACAGAGCAGCCUUCACCCUCUCAGGUCCUCUGUCGCUGCAACCACCUCACCUACUUCGCAGUUCUCAUGCAGCUCUCUGGAGAUCCAGUGCCCGCUGAGCUACUGGUGCCUCUUGAGUACAUCUCCUUGGUGGGUUGCAGCAUCUCUGUCGUGGCCACGCUGCUCACCAUACUACUGUACGCCCACUCCAGGAAGCAAAGUGACUCUGUCACAUGCAUCCACAUGAACCUGCAUGGCUCUGUUCUGCUCCUGAACGUCACCUUCCUUCUGAGCUCCCAGAUGGCCCUGCCUACAGUACCCAGGUCAGUGUGCACGGUGCUGGCCGCCACCCUCCACUAUGCGCUGCUCAGCUGCCUUACCUGGAUGGCCAUCGAAGGCUUCAACCUCUACCUUCUCCUGGGGCGUGUCUACAAUGUCUACAUCCACCGAUACUUGCUCAAGCUCUGCGUGCUGGGCUGGGGCUUUCCAGCUCUCUUGGUGCUGCUGCUUCUGGUGAUCAAGAGCUCAGUGUAUGGGCCCCACGUGAUCUCUUUCUCCAAAAGCCAGGAAAAUGGCACAAGCUUCCAGAAUGUAUCCAUGUGCUGGGUGCGCAGUCCCGUGGUACACAGGGUCCUGGUUAUGGGCUACGGUGGCCUCACAUCUCUGUUUAACCUGCUGGUGCUGGCCUGGGCUCUGAGGAUUUUGUGCAGGUUGCGGGCACCGGAUAAGGCGCUGAGCUCCUGGGCCUACCGGGACACUGUCAUGGUGCUGGGCCUCACGGUGCUCCUGGGCACCACCUGGGCCCUGGCCUUCUUCUCCUUUGGUGUCUUCCUGCUGCCACAGAUCUUCCUUUUCACCAUCUUCAACUCACUCUAUGGUUUCUUCCUCUUCCUGUGGUUCUGUUCACAAAGGCGUCACUCAGCCACUGAAGCUAAGGCAGAGAUGGAGGCAAUCAGCUCCUCCCAGACGACACAUUAA